GGCCGCUCGGUGUCUCUGUGAUCGGCUUUGGACAUCAUUUAACCCCUCUGACUGACUGGGAGACGGGGCUUUUUUUGACGACUGCAAGAAUGUGACUCUUUUGUAUUUUCGUUUUUAAUUUUUUUUACUCCCCCCCGUUAAUGGGCCAGACUCUGCUGAACGUGGGGACGAUUUGAUCCCAUUCACUUCUUCUUAUUUUGCUCACCAUCAGUCCCCCCUCAGUGCGGAAAACACCUGGAGUGGUCCCAGGCUAUUCGUCCGGGAUUAGGAGGAGAUUCCAAUUUUAUACCGGGAGUGGGCAAUAAUAUGUCCAGGCGAAAACAGACCAACCCCUUCAAAGUUAACUGGCCAUUCCACACUUCAGGCAUCACAGGACUACAGCACACUAUUAACAUGGACGGCAGGGACGAAUUCACCGAAGACAGUGAAUGCUGCAGCAACAACUCCCAGGAAAUCCAAGAACAGGAUAGCAUCACAGAAGACAGCGAUAGUGACCUUGACAACCACGGUGAAGACUCGUCCUCCAACACCUCAGCCGACGACCACAUGACCACCAAGAGAUCACAGUGCCGCCUACAAGGAGCGGGAGUCAAAGAGGAGAGUGAAGACGGGGCAGAACACGGAAACAACUUUGUUUGUCCUCUCUGCACGCUGGAUUUCAGCAGCCCUGAGAAGCUCAUCUCCCAUGUCUACCAGCACACAACUAUGAUGAGCAACACCAAGAGCUAUGUGUGCCCAGUGUGUGGGCGAGCCCUGAGUUCGCCUGGCUCGCUUGGACGGCAUCUUCUCAUCCACUCGGAGGACCGCCUCUCCAACUGCGCCGUCUGCGGCACACGCUUCACAGACACCAACAACUUUAACAGGGAAAAGCUCAAAGAUGUUCUCGACACCUCCAGACUGGAUGUCAGCAGUGGGAGGGACAGUUGCUCCCUGACCCAUUCCCUCUCUAACAGUCCCAUGGGCAGCCCAGGCCCUGGCUCCUGCUCCUGCCACGGACCUGGCACCAUUCACAGCCCUAGCUCCUGCCAGGGACCCCGCUCCUGUCAAGCACCUGACCUCAACCCCAACCUCUCUCAAGCCCACCGUACCUGCCAGGGGCCUAGCCACAUCUCCAGCCAGUGUCAAGGCCCCAGACCGUGUCAUGGCCCAGGUUCUGGACCAUGUUCAGGCCAAGGAACAUGCACAGGUUCUGACCAAGGACCCUCCUUCCCCUCACUGCCUGACAGUCUCCUCUCUGAAGGCCCAUCACUCGCAUCAAUUCCUGAUGCUCUAAACUCCUCUUCCUCCAGCCUUCCUCCAAUCCCCGACAUCCUGAGUCCUAUGCCCGUGUACCCCGCUGGAGUCCUGCUGGUGUGCAACAGCUGUGUGGCUUACCAGCAGCUAGUUGAGGCUCAGUCUCCAAAAAAAUGGGCACUUCGCAGGAAGAAUGAACCCCUGGAGGCCCGGCUACAGCGUCUGGAGCGUGAGCGCACAGCAAAGAAGAACAAACGAGCAUGUGAGACGGAUGAGGAGAGGGAGUUGAGGAGGCUGCGAGACCGUGAGGCCAAGCGCAUGCAGAGGAUGCAGGAGUCAGAUGAGCAGCGGGCGCGCAGGCUGCAGAGAGACAGGGAGGCUAUGCGCAUGAAGAGGGCCAACGAGACGCCAGAGAAGAGGCAGGCAAGGCUGAUCCGCGAGAGGGAGGCAAAGAGGAUCAAGAGACGUCUGGAGAAGAUCGAUCCUGCUCUGAGGACGCAGAUAGAGCACGAUCCUGCUGCGAUGGCUGCCCUCACAGCAGACAUGAGUCUCUUUCAGUUCCCCUGUCCCAUGCCUGUCCCUUCCAUUGAUAACGGCCUGUUCAUGAAGCUGCCCUGAUUAAACCAGGAACUUCCUGGCUUCUCGCAGCAUCAUUAACCUCUGCACUAUGCCACCACGCUGCCAUGGUAACAGCGAACCAUUCCUGGCUGCUUCACUUCCAGCCUCUUCUGUGUCGAACAGCUUCAAAACACAAGCUGCUUUGUUAAAUACAGCAAAAACUACUUCAAUUUCUAAUUUAUUACAAUGAUGAAAACCUUGGGAACAGGGUUGAGAAUGUUUCAUGUUGUAUGUAUGAUGACAUAAACGCAUGUUGUAAAGAGAUUUAUCAGCCCUUCAGGGUGCUCUCAGAUUUAACACAGUUCAUUCUAGUAGGAGCAGUUUAACCUACUUAGAGGAAAACAAAUCUUUUUUGCACAUUGACCUUCAGUGACAGGAGAGGGAGCGGGGACUCUGUAGCCACAGCCCCCAACCCUCCUUCCUUUCUGGUCCACUCCGCUAGCCCAGUGACCCGGGUUUACUGGUAGCUACACCUCUCUUUCAAGCUGCCUCCAUGGGUCCCUGGGAAGUUCACAUUCAGUCAAACUACCUCAGCCGGCGUCGCAGUGGCGCCCUCUGUCUUGUGGCUUACUGCAUUCACACUCCAGGCUUCCAAAGCUCUCUAUAAAAUGUACACUCCUACAGAGGAUGUAGGUCGUUUUCAGCAGUUUUUCUUUGCAUUUGAGGUCAGCUGCUUAAAUAGAACACAAACAUUCACAGGAGUAGGGUUGUCAUGAUGCCAGAUUUCUGGACUUUGAUAGGAUUCUAGUGAAAUCAAAUGAUAGGGGAUGCCUGUUUCAAUACUACAACAGCAGAAUUGGGUCAUUUCUUACUGUUUUAUUACAGUACAAUUGCAGGCAAACUCUUGCACAGUCUGUUGUUGAUGUUGGGAUGCACGAUAUUGGACUUUUGCUGAUAUACCAUAUGCCUAUAUUUCCAAACUCAUUUUAGCCAAUGCCUAUAUAUAUACUAGUUCUAUCAAAAUUGCGAAUAACAUUUUUUUUGCUUAUUAAUCACACUCUGAUGCCAUCAUACAACCAUAUAAAGUAGCUUUGCAACUUCCACUAGAACACUUGUUAAAAUUCUCUGUGCUCCUGAAUUUUUAUAAUUUAUAGAUAAAAUCCAUAUUCUGCAGAUUAACACCAUCUAGAAAGAAAAAUAAAAACUGAUGAAAAUCUAAAACUAUUAUAACCUUGGUGUGCACACAACUAUUCGUGAAUUUUAGCCGUGUUCAACAAAACUACAACAAUCUUCAGGUUGGGAAGGCAGUCUCUGGCACCUUUAUACCCGAGGGUAAAUGUGUACAUUUGACCGUUAUUUAAGGCUGAUAUAAAUUACAGUGCUUAACAAAUUUAUUAGACCACCUGUCAUAUUUGUCUCAGAGACCAUCCAGCAUCAUGAAGUGCUUUAACGCAGACUC